GCAACCGAGGGGCGUCGUUCCCAAUCUCCGGAUGUCCUUCUCUUCGAAACAGUUACGUUAUGCGGCAACAUCAUUCCUCUGUCUUUUUAUGAUUCUUUUCCUGAGCUUGGAUCUUUUCGAAGGAUAGUUUCCAUCAUAAUGAACCGGGCCGCAACCUCGGUUACGAUCACCGACCCUUUCGUCAAGUACACAUCCUUGAUUGCGACAGGGGUGUACUGCCCAGAUGCGGCCCAGUACCGUCUCGCUCACCACCUGCAGAAGGUGUAUGCGAGGCUGAAGGACUAUGCACCCUCGUACGAGUACCGGAGCAGGCUCCGGCAGAUCGCAAAGGUGGUUGAGACGACAGGCAAGGACGAUGGGGAUGAACUGGCGUCUCCAACCCACCCGAUCCGCCGCAAUCCUCUCUUCGCGCGCUUCUUUCAGAGUCACGAAAGGAAGGAUAGUCUGGCCUUGACACGGGUCAUGACGAGCUAUCAGGCUGCCUUGCACGUCGAUUCUCCGAAAGGGUUGUUUCUCUCUGGAGAGGUCGGCACGGGAAAGUCGAUGCUCCUCGACCUCCUCGCCGAAGGUUUGCCGACCCAUCGCAAAAAGAGGUGGCAUUUCAAUACCUUCAUGCUGCACAUCUUUUCCAGACUAGAGGAGUUUCGAAAGUCCCGUCCCCGUGAGGCCGCUGAUAGCCCGGAACACUCUUUGCUGUGGAUGGCUAAAGAGCUUGUGGAGACAUCUCCUAUACUGUUCCUGGACGAGUUCCAGCUGCCAGACAGGGCCGCGAGCAAGAUCAUGAGCAAUCUGUUUGUUGCCUUCUUCCAUCUUGGCGGAGUCCUCGUCGCGUCUUCGAACAGAAUGCCCGAGGAGCUUGAAAAGGCAACGGGAGGCUAUUACUCGCCGCCGGCCACUGGUGGUUUGGUCGAUCGAGUUUUUGGUCUUGGCAGGAGCCGAUUUAGGGGCGAGCUGUUUGGCCGAUCUAGCGACUUUGCCGCCUUUCUAGAAGUUUUGAAAGCGCGGUGUGACUUCUGGCACAUGGAGGGGACGCAGGACUGGAGAAGGAGGGAGCGUCGUGCUUCCCUUCUAGCGGGAUCUACGUGCGCUGCUGGUUCAGAUCCAGGGAUCGCUUCCCAAUUGCAGGGGACAACAACAAACGAGAGCAGUGGCUUUGCCAUGGACAGAGCAGAGAGAGAAACUCAGAUGCCAACCAUGUACUUCUCACCAUCCGAUGGGGAAGAGACAUGGGCAGCUGCACUACGGCACGCGACGGGGUUUGAUGUUGACCAUUUGGCGAGUGCAGACCGACAGUGGUCGUCUGCAACCUUGGUAGUGUACGGGAGGAAACUAGUCGUCCCCCGACACCGUGAUGGUGUUUCGUACUGGGACUUCCCCGAGCUCGUGGGCACGCUGGGUCCAGCCGACUACAUCACGUUGGCAUGCAAUUAUCAUACCUUCAUCAUUGACCACGUCCCUGUCCUCAGCCUCUCCAUGAAGAACGAGGCCCGGCGGUUCAUUACUCUCCUGGACGCACUCUACGAGUCACGGUGCAAGCUAAUGAUUCGAGCCGAGGCCGGCCCCGACGAUCUUUUCUUCCCCGAGACAAGGACACGGGCAGCGGAACUCGACGCGGUGCAGGUUGCCACUAGCGAGGACGACGGCACAGAUGCAACAUACUCUGAGACGAUUGCCGAGGUGUUCCAGGAUCAGGUGUCUCCAUUCCGCCCAAAUGUAUCGACAUACUCCGAGUCCUCCAAUUCCAAGUACGACCCAGACCAGGACUCGGAUUUCGGAAAGGAGCAAGGCCGAAGGAUUGAUUUUAGCAAUACAAGCGCGUUCACCGGCGAGGACGAACGAUUUGCGUACAAGCGGGCGACGAGUCGCCUCUGGGAACUCUGCAGCGCACAGUGGCACGCGCGGACGGGGCAAUGGUGGCAGCCGCUGCCGAAGGAGGCUAGACAUUGGGAGGGUGCUGAGCCCUCGAAGCCGCCGCCUGCGCCGUUGGCGCAAACUGCGUCAAGUGAAGUCACAAUGGGGGAGUCGAUCGAGCUGGAAGAGCCUGCGGGCCUGGAGAGGUUUCGGGUCGCGGCACUGAGGAGAAGCGAGCAGAACGGACACAGUCAAGACGCUGAUAUGGCUGGCCGCUGACGUCGAGCCGGGAUAAGAAUGCCGUGCGCAAUGCUGCAACUGGCUCGGCAACCAUAAAACUCAAGAGAUGCUUGCGCUAAGCGGGCUAUUGUAGUAGCUCGUUCGUGUUGCACAGUCAUGCAAACCCUUCAAGUUUGGGCAUGAUGUCCUCGAAAGAACGACUCACUUCAAGGGGUGGUCAACCUCG